AAGGGCUUGCCGAUCUCCCGAAGCCCCCUCUCGAGCUUUAUGCGCGAGCGCGGAGCGCGAGAUCUGAGCCGGGGGACGCUGCUGUGUAAGGUGUUAUCGGCUUAAAGAACACAGGAGCACCCCUCGCGGUGCAAACGGGUUUGCGUGACAGUUGUUGCAUGCGCAUUGCACGCCUCUGCCGUUAAAUUCGACCAUGCAGAAUUAGACCGCAUCAUUUGCCGACCGCUUCCAUCAAGACUGGACUGAAGCUCAGACACCCCUGCACCUGCUCCUGCCCCCCUGCUGAAGCCCCUCCCACUGCGUCCUCUGGAGGCGUGUCCUUCCUGAGCUCCGCCCCCUCGUGCUCCUGCUGUUCUGUUUCAUACGUCCACCUGCAUCAGGCCCUCCUGAGGAGUCAUGACGGACACGGUCAUGGGCCAUAAUUCAGGCCGGUGGGUUCAGAAUGACAGACAGAUGGGAGUGAUUGACAGUAACAAAGACCAGGGUGGCUGGGCGGCAGAGCCUGGGGCGGGGCCUGAGCUGACGGACGAGGAGAAGGAGAUCAUCAACAGCGUGAUCGCCCGCGCGGAGAAGAUGGAGGCCAUGGAGCAGGAGAGAAUAGGCCGCCUGGUGAACCGGCUGGAUGACAUUAAGAAGACGGUGUGUGGGGACGGGGUGUCCCGCUGCCUGCUGUGUGGGGAGCAGCUGGGGGUCCCGGGGGUCAGCUCGGUGGUUUGUGAGGACUGCAAGAAGAACAUGUGCACCAGGUGUGGGGUGCAGAAUCACUGCCGCCCCAGAACCAUGUGGCUCUGCAAGAUCUGCAGCGAGCAGAGAGAGGUGUGGAAGCGUUCUGGCGCCUGGUUCUUUAAGGGUCUGCCCAAGCAGUUCCUGCCCUCACCGAUGCCCGUCUCCAAACACAGGGACCCCAGCCCGCAAAAGGCACCCGUCCCAUCCGAGACCCCCACCAGCGCCCCCAGUGGUGUGGAGAACCAGCCCCCCAGCGUGCAACGGCCAACGGCAGAGUCCUCUGGACGAGGGGGGGCUCGGCCUCCUGUGGCCCCGAAGCCCUCUGAGUCGUGGGCGGGGCCCAGCGAGGAAGGCGACGCCCAGCCCAGUUCUGUGGUGAUGAAGAAGGCCGUCCCACUCCAGAGCUCCAGACCCCCCACUGCGGCCCCCGCCGCAGCCCAGCAGGCUCAGCCUGAGGCGGAGAGAGGCUACUCCAGCAUGGCCCAGAGGGAGGAGAGAGCGCCCCCUGCUGUACGGGAGGAGAGACGGCAGCCUGCGGCCUACAACCCUCCCCCUGCGCGCCACCAGGCCCCGCCUCCAGAGGAGGAGGAUGACGAGGCCAACAGCUACGACUCGGACGAAGCCACCACGCUGGGCUCGAUGGAGUUCAGCCUGCUGUACGACCAGGACAACAGCAGCUUGCAGUGCUGCAUACUGAGAGCCAAGGGUCUGAAGCCCAUGGACUCCAACGGCCUGGCCGACCCUUACGUCAAGCUGCAUCUUCUGCCUGGAGCCAGCAAGUCCACUAAGCUCCGCACCAAGACACUGCGCAACACCCGCAACCCGGCCUGGAACGAGACGCUGGUCUACCACGGCCUGACCGAGGACGACAUGCAGCGCAAGACCCUCCGGCUGUCUGUGUGUGACGAGGAUAAGUUCGGACACAACGAGUUCAUCGGAGAGACUCGCGUUGCGCUGAAGAAGCUGAAGAUAAACCAGAAGAAGAACUUCAACGUGUGUCUGGAGAGGGUGGUCCCGAUGAAGCGGGCGGGGACUGCAGGAGCGGCGCGAGGUAUAUCACUCUACGAAGAGGAGCCAGGGAAGGAGGGCGAGGAGGUGGAGGAGAGGGGGCGGAUCCUGAUCUCUCUCAUGUACAGCACCCAGCAGGGCCGGCUCAUCGUGGGCGUCGUCCGCUGCGUUCACCUGGCCGCCAUGGACGCCAACGGCUACUCCGACCCCUUCGUCAAAAUCUGUCUGAAACCAGACAUGGGGAAGAAAGCCAAGAACAAGACUCAGACAAAGAAGAAGACCCUGAACCCUGAGUUUAAUGAGGAAUUUGGCUAUGACAUCAAACACAGCGAGCUGGCCAAGAAGACCCUGGAUGUCUCAGUGUGGGAUUACGACAUCGGCAAGUGCAACGACUACAUCGGCGGCUGCCAGCUGGGCAUCACGGCCAAGGGGGAGCGGCUGAAGCACUGGUACGAGUGCCUGAAGAACAAAGACAAGAAGAUCGAGCGCUGGCACACCCUGCUGAACGAGAACCACGUCUCCAGUGACUGAGCGGCCCGCUGCAUGCCCCGCCCCCUCUGCCCCGCCCUGCCCGCAGCCCCGCCCACAAUGUGAUGCUUUCAUUUCUCGUCUUCCAGCAAGCUAGCCACUGCUUCACCCCCCCCCCAACCCGCCCCCUUACCUGCCUCUCCUGUCCUGGCCCCACCCCCAUUAUUAUCCCCCCACCCCCAACAUCACCACGCCCUCUUUCUGGACACGCCCCUCCCAUCGACUGUUAAAAAAAGAGGUACAGGGUCACACCCCUCACAGGGAUCUGUGUGGGACACCCCUCCUGGGGAUCAGUGUGGGACACCCCUCCCGGGGAUCAGUGUGGGACACCCCUCCCGGGGAUCAGUGUGGGACACCCCGAUUCUCGGACGCCUAAAGAGCAUGACCACACUGCCCCUGCAGUCGCCAGGAAAUGUGGGAGACCCCGCGUGGGAUCCGGAGGUUUCGGGUUCCCUGUGUAGCGCGAGGAGGGACCGGUACCCCAAACGUGCCCCGCCCCCUUCUCUCACAACACACUCCGAACAGAGCAAAAUACCAAGGAGAACCCACACCGUUGACUUGAUUAUGACUGUUAAUAUUAAUGAUAAUGUACUACAGCGGCCAGUUCAAAAACAGCAUCCAGCGCUGCUGACAGAUGAGUGAGCUUCUGUAGCAAACUGCUCUUCACUCCGCUCUACAGCUGUUCUCUGCUGAGGCUCCUGGUGGAGCUGUGUGAUGCGAGACUCUGUUAAUUUAUAGCUGGGGAACUGGGCUUUUGAUUGGAACGCUGUUUAAUGGAAUCCUGGAUGGGGUAAAGCUGCUGUAGGCUUCAGAGAGGCAGCUGAAUUGAAACUGAACAGUAAUGGUGAAUGGUCAGUUGUAUACGGUAAUAGUAAUGAUGGCAUUUAUAGGCUGUGUAUAUCACCCUGGACCUGAUCCACUGCUAAAUUCAGAUUGGUUCUUACUUUAUGAUGAAUCGAAGAAACAUGAAACUCUUGACGUGCAAUUUCUGAAUUAAUUCUUAAAGUUAUUGAGAUAGUUCCCAUUAGAGAAAUACAAGAGAUGGUCUCGAUUAUUGGCUGUUGACCGAUUUUGGGUGUUGACUUAUUUAUCGAUUCUUAAAUAUUUAUCGUACUUGUUUUGUGUGUUUGGGGCGGUGGGAGGCGUUUUUGAAGGAAAGCAAAAGUGGUUGGAUUCUGCAAACGGACAUCAUUAGAAGUCUAAAUCAUAAGGUGAUGACUGCUCCUGCGAUGUCCGGUGUUUCAGGAGAGGAGGAACGUUCACCGAGCUCCUCAGCGUUCCGGGACCCCGAGCUGAGCAUGCUGUGGAUUCUCACAGUCAGCCGUCCUGCCUCAGCUUAGCUAGGCCCAAGCCUGCCUCCACAGGCUGCUCCCGGCUCUGCAUGCCUAUCGUCUGAGCCCCCUCCCUGUUUGCCCAAAGAGCAGUGCAUUAUGGGCCUGUGGUGCCCCCCCCCCCAAACCCC